AUGAAAGUGACCGUGUGCUUCGGCAGGACCGGCAUCGUGGUGCCCUGCAAGGAGGGCCAGCUAUGUGUCCGAGAGCUCACGCAGCAGGCCCUGCAGCGAUACCUGAAAACCCGAGAGAAGGAUCCUGGUUACUGGGUGAAGAUCCAUCACUUAGAAUACACAGAUGGCGGAAUCCUGGAUCCAGAUGAUAUCUUGGCAGAUGUAGUUGAAGACAAAGAUAAGCUGAUUGCUGUGUUUGACGAACAAGAACCACUUCACAAGAUUGAGAGCCCCAGUGGAAACCUGGCAGAUCAGCAGAGCCCAGAUGCGUUUCAGAAGGAAGUCACUGCCCAACUGGCUUCAUUUAAACCCAUUGGUGGGGAAAUAGAAGUAACUCCUUUUGCUCUGAAGUCAGGCAGUCCACUGUCCGUGCGCAGAAGCAGUGACCCAGUACCUGACCCACCUGCUUAUAUCCAGCCAAGCACUUCACACCCCAGUGGCCAGAGUUUAAAACCUGCUGUUCCUGAUUCUUCAAAGAACAUAGAGGACGGAGAAGUUAUGAAUGGUGUACAGACAGAACUUCUGACAUCACCGAAAAUUAAGGAUGCAAUAAGUGAUUUGACAAGAACAGUGGAGAUUUCUGGGGAAGGAGGUCCCUUAGGGAUACAUGUAGUGCCUUUCUUUUCAUCUCUGAGUGGAAGGAUUCUGGGACUUUUCAUUCGUGGCAUUGAAGAAAACAGCAGGUCCAAGAGGGAGGGGCUGUUUCAUGAAAAUGAAUGUAUUGUCAAAAUCAACAACCUGGACCUCCUGGACAAAGCCUUUACUCAGGCUCAAGAUGUCUUUCGUCAGGCGAUGAAAUCCCCAAGUAUGCUUCUCCAUGUACUUCCACCCCCAAACCGUGAAGAGUAUGAAAAAUCUGUCAUUGGACCUCUUAACAUUUUUAGUAAUAGUGACGGCAUUUUGAGAACAAAAGUACCGCCUCCUGUCCAUGGAAAAUCAGGACUAGAUACAGUAAAUCUGAAAGGAGCAAGUAGUCCUGAGGCAGAUGCAUCAAAUGCCUUGCAACAAAGCAAGAGCCCCCGAAUACCAAGACAAGGACGACAUCCACCCUCUCCCUCACUCUCCCCUCUCAUGGGGCUUGGCAGCAAGAAAAAUGCAAAGAAAAUUAAGAUUGACCUAAAGAAAGGUCCCGAAGGACUUGGUUUCACUGUGGUUACGAGAGAUUCUUCCAUACAUGGCCCUGGUCCCAUUUUUGUGAAAAACAUUUUACCAAAGGGAGCAGCCAUAAAAGAUGGUCGACUGCAAUCAGGGGACAGAAUUUUGGAGGUGAAUGGCAGAGAUGUCACGGGACGAACGCAGGAGGAGCUUGUAUCCAUGCUGAGGAGCACCAAGCAGGGAGAAACAGCAUCACUGGUCAUUGCCCGCCAACAAGGAAGUUGUCUUCCCCGAGAACUGGACGGUCGUCUGCGAGUGAAUGACCAGCUGAUUGCAGUUAAUGGAGAGUCUCUUUUGGGAAAGUCCAACCAUGAAGCAAUGGAAACGCUUAGGCGAUCCAUGUCCAUGGAAGGAAACAUACGAGGGAUGAUCCAGUUGGUGAUUCUGAGGAGGCCAGAGAGACCAGUGGAGGAGCCGCAAGACUGUGGGGCAUUUUCCAAGCCAUGCUUUGGGAACUGUCAAAACACUGUAACUACAACCAGGAGAAAUGGUACUAGCACACCCCAUCCGUUUGGCACUUACAGUUCACAAGACAAAUGGAGAGAGCUGUUGCCUCCCAGUGAUGGAUGGACAGAGAGUGAAGUACCACCUUCACCACCACCACAUCCUGGUCUGGAAUUGGGCCUUGAAGAUUAUAGCCACAGCUCUGGAGUGGAUUCAGCAGUAUAUUUUCCAGAUCAGCACAUCAACUUCAGAUCUGUGACACCGGCCAAGCAGCCUGAAUCAAUUAAUCUGAAAGCCUCGAAGAGCAUGGACCUUGUGCCAGAUGAAAGCAAUGUCUAUUCAUUGGCAGGACAAAAGUCAGAAUCCCCAGGCAAAGAAUUUGGCCCAACUCUUGGCUUGAAAAAAUCCAGUUCCUUGGAGAGCUUGCAGACAGCCGUUGCUGAGGUCAGAAAGAAUGAGCUUCCCUUCCACAGGCCUCGUCCACACAUGGUCCGAGGCCGUGGCUGUAACGAGAGCUUCCGAGCCGCCAUUGACAAAUCCUAUGAUGGGCCCGAAGAAUUUGAAGCUGAUGGUCUAUCUGAUAAGAGCUCUCACUCUGGCCAAGGAGCUCUGAACUGUGAUUCUGCUGCCCAGGGAAACUCAGAACUAGAGGACCUGGAAAAUAAAGCCAGAAAAAUUAAAAAAACAAAAGAGAAGGAAAAGAAAAAGGAAAAGGGCAAGAUGAAAGUCAAGGAGAAAAAACGAAAAGAGGAAAACGAAGAUCCUGAAAGGAAAAUAAAGAAGAAGGGAUUUGGUGCCAUGCUGAGAUUUAGAAAGAAGAAAGAAGAGAAGGAUGGAAAGGAGGAGCAGAAAGGUACUCUAAAGCAUAGUGCUCUAAGAGAAGAGGAGUUGGAAAGAAUGAAGGAAGAACGCGAAAGGAUUGGAGCAAAACAUCAGGAGCUAAGAGAAAAGCAGGCAAAAGGUCUCAUGGAUUAUACUACCACUACAAUUGGAUCAGCACAUGAUAUGGAUGAUGAUGAAAUGGACCCCAAUUAUGCCAGAGUGAACCAUUUCCGGGAGCCAUGUACAUCAGCAAGUGUCUAUAGGUCUCCAUCGCCACCUCGUCCUGUACCACUUGGUUACCCACGGGACAGCCGUCCAUUGUCUCCGGAGAUGGACCACUUAGAGGGUCUCUAUGCCAAGGUCAACAAGCCCUAUCAUCCACCGGCUCCAGUUGACAGCAGCCGCACCACAAGUGGAAGUUCUGAUCGUAUCCAGAAGUUACGGAAGGAGUAUUACCAGGCUCGAAGGGAAGGUUUUCCUUUAUAUGAAGAAGACCACGAAGGAAGAUUAAGGCCUUCUGAGUAUGACCUUCACUGGGUGUCUGGAAAGGGUCCAGAUGGGAGUGCACACAACCUCCGCUUUGAGGGGAUGGAGAGACAGUACGCAUCCUUACCCAGGGGAGGACCUGUGGAUCCUGUAGACUAUAUGACAGCUGGACCUCGAGGACUCUACAAGGAAAGGGAACUUCCAUAUUACCCAGGGGUUCAUCCUGUGCAUCCCCCCAAAGGGAGCUAUCCUUGUCCUCCAGAUUUGAGGGUCGCAGGUCUCCGGUAUCCUCAGUACUGCCCACCCCCACCAGCACCCCAGCACAAAGGACCGUUCCGACAAGAUGUUCCACCUUCUCCUCCACAACACCACAGAGCACCAGCCUACCAGGAAAUGAGCAGACCAGGGCCCCGUGGGGGCAGCCCAGACCAGUACACCUAUCGAACCCAGGAUCCCCGGCAGAAAAACCCCAUGACUGCAGCUGUAUAG